AUAUAGCAGCGCGCGUAGGGAGAGGGUGGUAGUGGUGGUAUAGAACGAUGCGCGCGCAUGGUUCGAAGGGGGGCAUGCGCAGGAAUACGGGCGAGUAAAACGUCUGGAAGUUUAGUGCAUGGCGGCGCGAGGCCCGUAUCGAUAUCGUCGUAUCGCGCACCACUCGAGCUAACGUCCUGGCCGGGCACGAGUGCGUGCGUGCGUGCGCGCGGUGCGCCGGAUUUCUCUCUCUCUAUCUCUUUUUCUCUCUUUUUAACUAUCUAUCUUUCUAUCUAUCUUUUUCUGACAGUUAGUCUAUCUUCGUUUGCCCGUCAGUAUCUCUCAUUUCAACUAACGUGUCUAUUUUUCUCUCUCUCUCUCCUCUCCCCCUCCUUUACCCUUUUCCACCUCCUUCCCCCUCCUCCUCCUCCUCCUUCCACCUCCUUCAAUAACCACGUUCCCUCUCAGUCUUCUCAGUCGUUCGCAUCUUCUUUCUCCUUAAGCGCGUUCCUUGCGCGAUUCCUUUCCUUUUAUCAUCGUUGUCCUCAUAAUCAGCCUACACCCUAUUUUUUCUUUCCCAUCUACCCUUUUAUUUUCUACCAAUCUCCCACCCUUCCUCCCUCCCGCCGCCGGUGCGUAAAGGUUGUACUCUCGAAGAGAUCGCGAACACGCGCGCGCGCGCUCUCUCUUUCUCUUUCUUUCUUUCUUUCUCUGUCUCUCUUAUGCGAACGUUGAAGGCGAUCGUGGCGCGUUUUGCGCCAAAGUGCGCGACCGGCUUUUAACGCAGAGCACACGUUAGUUAGUUCGGUUUGUUCCUUAUCGGGUAUCUCGUGCGCGAGUUAACGAUUUCACACGAAUAGUAGUGUAUUUCCUGGCUGUUAUCACUUUUACUAAGGUCUUCUUUAUCUCUCGUUAGUCUUCAGAGGAUUCGAGGACAUCCCCCACAGGAUCAGUGUUGAAGAAGACUCUGAGAGCUGCCUUGCCCUGUUACCUCGUCUAGGAUAAGCUGAGAAAGAAGUGUGUACAAGAAGUAAUAUCCUCCCUUCUGAAAUCGAACGAGUCUAAAUAAAAAGAAAAUCAUAAUUCGGGCUAGUAAGCUGAAUUGAAAAGAGUUUAAAUCAUGGAACGUUACGAGGAAGAAGCUGACGACAGCGACAACGAAACGGAUCCCGAACAGCUGUUGAACGAAUGGCUUGGAGAAUUGGAUAGUUUGACUGUGGGUCUUGAUAAUGUGAGCUCGGCAACCCUCAGGCCCUUCAACUCGGACAUUAAUACUCCGAGAAUCGACAGCUACAGGUUUUCUAUGGCAAAUCUUGAAGAUUCCCAAGAUGUCGACUUGGAUGCAAUACUCGGUGAACUGUGCGCAUUGGAACGACGUUGCGACGGUGAUAUCGCAGCCACUACUCCAGCUCAGGAUUCUCAGAGACAGAGUCGUCCCAAUAACGGAAGGAUCACUGCUACCGAUAACACUGACAUCGGCAAAAACGAGGGUGGUAUUCGCACGGAUAGUCCAGACAAUGACAGCGCAUUUUCGGACACUGUUUCGAUGUUGUCCAGUGAAAGUUCAGCAAGUAGCAGUGGUUCAGGACACAAACCACCACAAACCGCCAUUCAUACGGCUUCUCAACAGCAACCGCAUCAACAUAUGGAUGCUGCGGGAAGAGCGAAAGCUGAGAAGAUACGACUUGCACUGGAAAAGAUGCGAGAGGCCAGUGUUCAAAAGCUUUUCAUCAAAGCUUUCACAUUAGAUGGUAGUGGGAAAAGUCUUCUAGUAGAUGAGGGAAUGAACGUUGGUCUCGUUGCUAGACUUCUUGCGGAUAAAAAUCACGUGCCAAUGGAUCCCAAAUGGGCUGUUGUUGAACACUUGCCAGACCUUUUUAUGGAACGAGUAUACGAAGAUCACGAGCUACUGGUAGAAAAUUUGUUACUUUGGACAAGAGACUCCAAAAACAAAUUACUCUUCGUUGAAAGGCCUGAUAAAAAUCAAUUGUUCUUCACUCCUGAAAGAUUCCUGUUGGGUCAUUCAGACAGAUGUAGCAAUGAAUACGACGAUCAUUCUCGUAAUAUGCUUUUGGAAGAAUUUUUUACGAGUAUCAAUGUUGGCGUUCCUGAAGUUGAGGGACCAUUGUAUUUGAAAUCAGACAGUAAAAAGGGUUGGAAAAAGUAUCAUUUCAUACUUCGUGCAUCUGGACUUUAUUAUUGGCCGAAAGAAAAGGCACGUACUGCUAGAGAUCUCGUAUGUUUGGCUACAUUUGAUGUCAAUCAAGUUUAUUACGGUGUCGGUUGGAAGAAAAAGUAUAAAGCACCAACAGAUUUUUGUUUCGCCAUUAAACAUCCGAGAUUACAGCAACCAAAAUCGACAAAGUUUAUCAAAUUUUUAUGCGCGGAAGAUAAUGCGUCUUUGGAAAGAUGGAUGGUUGGGAUUAGGCUUGCCAAAUACGGUAGACAACUAAUGGAUAACUACAGGUUGGUAAUGGACGAGAUUGCACAGGAAGACCUCGAUCUAUUGGCACACGCGAGAUCGUGCUCGGUCAGCUCGAUUGCCGUACCACCUAAUCAAACUCAAUAUAAUACUACCAAUGACAAUGCUAGACAAUUCAUCGAAAAUUCAAGGCACGAGACACAAGCUACGACGAGGCAAUACGAUAGUCAAAGACAAAGUUACAAUUCGGAACAGAGACAGAGUUACAAUAACGAUGGAAGGCUUAGCAGAGCCAGUAGUUCCAGUUCCAGCGGUUGUUUGUCCGAUGGAGCACCGAGUAGUUGUGAGGUGGCUUUCGAGUGUGGUGAAUUUCCAACGGGAACAAUUAAGCGAAAACCUUCCAUGAACCCAAAACUUCCUCUAACAUCGAUAACGAGGCAAUUGAAGGAAGUCGGUGAAACAGUACGCGACGAGCCAGAUUCUUGCCCGAGCCCAACCAGCUCCGGUUCGGGUACCCUAACCCGAAGACACAGUCGUAGAAGAAGUGGCACUGAUUCGGAUGGAUCGGGUACUUUGAAAAGACAUCAUAGAUCUGGUAACGCAACCCCAGUUAGUCCUGUACCACCUGGAACGCCGGUGAGGGAAAGGGCCAGUCCUAUGGGAUAUGGGAGAACGGAGAGUCAAGAAUCCAAAACACCGACCAGUCCUAUACAACCGUGUAUGAUGGAUUCUAUCAUAUCUCUGCCACCACCACCGUCUCCAUCGAGAGUUGCCGAAGAAGGGGAAUCCGAUAGCGAACCAUUACCACCACCACCCCCAGAAAUGUUUCGUUCGAAUCUCUCUCUGGAUUCUUUACCACCACCACCUGGACUAGGCGAACUUCCAGUAUGCAACACGCCAGAGUUGACUGGUUCUUCGUUGAGUCUUGCUUCCUUACCACCACCACCGAGUCCACUUGUUGGUGAGACCGGUACGAUACGUCGUGCGAGACCAAAAACGUCGAGUAGUCCGUCGAAUUCGAUGACUCCCGAGAAUACGCCUACGCAUACUGCGUCAAGGCUAUCUAAUAGUAGCAAUCAAAUGUAUACAAGCACCCCACAAAAUACUUCUGCCCAACAAAACAGUCAGAAUUAUGAAAGCGGCAGUAACGCGACGGGUGCAUCAGCAAACUCGUCGGCUUCUCCACACAGUUCCUAUCCUGGCUCGAGUGCCAGCACACCGACUUACGCACCAAGUUCGCCGAGUUUCACGUCACCGCCACCCUUCGUCCCACCCCCAGCUUAUGGUACACAAACGCAACACGUUGGGACGCAAAGUUUGACGCGACAGAAUUCGAAAUCUGAAUCGAUUUACGGGAGUAGUCACCAGAGCGGGCACAAUACCGUACCUAAUCCGAUCAGGCCAAAUCCUAAUAUGGACACGGUAAGAAGGAGUGCUAUGAAACAGGGUACGAGUCAUUACGCUGCCCCGCCCUAUCUCGCCGAGUUGAAAGCUGCGUCGAGUCCUCAACCGCAACGUCGAGUGACCAUCCAAGAACCACCAACGUCACCCAAGUCAAAAAGUGGCACGGGUAAGAAGAUCUCGUUCAAUUUACCAGCUCAACAAGAACCCGGUAGCCCAGCUUUACCGUUAAGAAAACCGAUGCCACCGAGAAGAUCUGACAGUACGCGAUUGACGUCCCCUAAAAAAUUAGCCGCAUCUGAUCAAGCACCGCCAGGUGACUUUUUAAAGGAUCUCCAACGAGUCAUGAGAAAAAAAUGGCAAGUUGCACAAAAGUGUAAACUCGACUCGACCACAACACCGCACGAAGUCUUAGGUUUCCGAGAUCCACCACCAGCUGUUGCUGAUUACCGAGAAACCAACGUAUCCAAUUGGGUACAGGAACACUAUGGAGUUGACAAUCUCUACGAAAAUGUCUACACGACGGAUCCCCAUGCACCCCUCGAGUACGCGUCGAGUCCUGCUCGUCAAGCAACCGUCAGAUUCGCUGAUGAAAAUCGUAGCAUCAAUAUCGUCAAUGCCAUUGCUAGUAAAAGGAGACCACCACCACCUCCACCCAAAAGGGCAGAAACCACGCAUUUGACCACGACUAGGGCGAUGCACUGACAAUAGCAGAUAAUACAACCUCAUCCAGAGAGGCGAUGGUAUUGCUGCUUGUGCGGCUGGUGGAAGGAUUAAAAAAAGGACAAAUUUUUGUAAAUUCUUCCAUCAUUCAAUUUUUCAUUCGUGGUAUCAUCCUGCACAACAACGUUCAACAAUGUUCGUUGUUGCUUCGCCUCGCUGAACAUAAUUUGUUUAAUUUAAUGGGAAAUAUUCUUCAAGCUUAGCUUCGUCUCGGUCCUUGUCAAAUACUUUUUACGAUAUAUAGCAAUGUUCUUCUUUCUUUUCUCAGAGAAUAACAUGACGCUGAUUCAACAACUUGGAUGAUUACGAGCAUAAUAAUUUCUACUUUUAUAUCGUAAAAAUAUUUGAUGUCAAUUAUCUUAAAGUGCCAGGAUCAAACUAAAAGUCCAAUUAUGACAUGCGUUAUUUUUUUGUUUCAAUUUUUCGUGUUGUCGCCCUGCUUGAUAAACUUUUUUAUGUUUAUCUUUGAUAACAUUUUUGAAACUAGUUCGAUGAAACAGAAAAAGACAAAAAAAAAGGAAAACGCUGAUCACUGCCGAAAAAUCUCAAUUGAAAGAAAGAGAAUUAUAAAAAUGAUGUGCUUUAAAUGCUCCCCCUCCACUUCAAGGUCAUUAAUUGACACGUAGAUGAAACAGUGCCGUACUGCGUUUAACUGCAUUUAAACUGCGUUUAAGGAUGUGAUAUACGUAAAAUAUCAAGCUUAGAUCCUGCCUAUUUGCUAAAAGUUAAAAAGAAAAAAGGAAAAAAAAAGUAAAAAUGACUACUCGUAUAGCAGAAAUGAAAGGAAGAGUCUUAGUCGAAAAAAUAUUUUGCGAGAUUCUAAGUAAUCUAAUGCUACAAUGUGCAUCGUUUCGCUUGAUAUAAAACGAAAAUUAUUAGAUAAAAAAAAAAGAGCGUUCGGUGUUUAAUCUCGCAAUUCCAAAUCAUUUACUGUACGUGUUCUUUGGUUUUUAUAUUUUUUGGUUCUUAUGUUUCUUAUUUUAUUUUGAUAACCAAGGUGCUUUACAAUGCAGUUAGUAAACGAUAUUGAAAGAAAAAAAAAUAAAAGAAAUUAAUAACGUGAGAAAAUAAAAAAAAAAA